AUGAUGUCGCAAAAUACAGAGGAUGUUCUAAUGACGGACGUACAAGAUAAGAGUAGCGAUGCCAAAACAACUAGGUUUCCAACAAAGCGCCCAUCACCACCGACUCCUUCUGGGCAUGAGGAGCCUCAAGAGACGGAACGCUCAAAAUAUCCUUGCUCCAAGGCUGCCGAAAAUAUAGAUGGCGAAUUAGAAAACCAGCUCUCCGAAGCCCGUGAGGGUGCCAAAGAUUUCGAGCAUAGAUUCAACGAAGCGCGGGACUUGAAUACUAACCUCCAGGUAGCUUUUACUAUAAGCCAAAACGAAUCGAUCGAGCUCAAGAAAAAGAUUAAGACCCUCCAAAACGAAUCGACAGAGCUCAAGAAAAAGUACAAGACCCUCCAAAACGGACACGAUGUCAUCCAUGAGCAAAGGACGGCCCAGUUACUUUCUGACGUAGAAGGAAGAAGGAAACAAGCCGAUUCGAACACGCAAAUUGCGCUAUUGAAGGUCCAAGAGCUCUCCGAAGAGCUUCAGAAGUGUAAAGAUGAACUAUUCAACCUCCAGCCUCCGAAUCCAGUAGCCGACACACACAUUAGCGCCGAAUGGGACGCAUUAUGCUCAAGCAUCACGACUUGGAUUGACGACCAAUCCGGCGGAGUCGAGGAUCUUCGGACUCGAUUCCGGGAGCUAAAUUCAAACAAGAAGUGUAGUAAAGCUCUCGCCAAGUACUGGGGCGAAGACAGACAGCUCAUUGCCAACCACUACUCCCAGAGCUCCAAUAUCCUUGAUGAGAUACUACGGUACAACAUCCACUGUUUUCUAGAAGCCGAAGUCUUCGACGAUCGUGUCUACAUGGUGGGUCUUUCCACAUCCGAGGCGAAACUCCUCCUCAAAAUCGAACGAGAAAUGGCCAAGUUGGAGCCACGACGAGACCCCUCCUACAUCGGGCUCUGGCGUUCAGAGGCUCUCGCCGCUCUGUCGUCCACGGCAGGCUUCAGCACAUUCCUGGAAAAGGACACCCAAAAGAUCCGCCAGGAAGCCAGCGAGAUCCUCGAGCCGCUCCUCCAACGCCGAGCCCGCGGCGCCAUGUCUGCUUUCGACCGCGACAUCAUCAUGCCCGCGAUCCGGCUCGCCAGCACACUGCGCCAAUCAACCGCAAAGUACCACUUCGUCUUCCGCGUCGUCUCAAACAAACACGAGGAAAAGCCACCCGCGUUGCAAAAACCGGGGAACCGCUUGCUACUGUACAAGAGCGACCUGGAAGACAUCGAUGUGCUGGAUGUGGGAUCGAGGAUCACGUUGAAGAAAGGAAGGAAUUACGAGGAGGCGAGCGAUGGGAGUAUCGCGGAGAGUAUUCUGGUUGUACACCCGGCGCUUUACCGCGAGACCCCGACCGAAAGGAUCUUGGUGAGCAGACAGCUCGUUCUUGCCAAACUGUUGAAGCCGCCGCAGCGGAGGGGCCAAGCGAGAGAUGUGGAGGAGAAUAGGGGGUGGUUUGAUAAGCUGGGCCUCAAGUUCACUUCGUAG